CGUGAAUGAACAUGGGAAAUAAGAAAAGGAAAACUCGCAAAUUUUAUUGCUGUUAUUUAUUUAAUUGUUACGAUGAUUUUUAUCACGUGCUUGUAUUUUGAAGAAUCUUUUACUUUCGAUGCUUUUAUGUAGUUUUUGCAUGCGAAAUAUCGUGUAUGAGAGCGUAUUUUAACAAUUGCGCUGCUUCGUACGCCACACAAUUAAGGAUAGUUGCAUGAAGUUGGCUAACAUCGCAGCAGUCGAGCGCUCGAACGUGGUAUAUCGACUUCGGUUUCGCGCUAUAAAAUUCAAAGUGGUCAUCCUUUCUAUUUGUUUUCCGUUCCUUGAUUUAUUUACUAAAAGUUUGACGAUAAUUUUUGUUAAAGUUGCUUUCAGUUAAAAAAAGAGGAUUGAAAGGAACGUAUAAUAGAUAGACAUGACUUCUUUUAUUUUUUCUGAUAAACAAUGAAGUAAAAUAUUAAUAAAUUAGGGUGAAGUUUUAACUCAUAAAAAUAUAUUUCAUUUCAAAAUAUUAAAAGAAAUAUGCAUGUAAUAAGUACAAAAUGCAAAAGAGGAAUAAAUUGGUCUUGUAUGCUAUUUUCUUUUUAUUUCUUUAGAAAUAAAAAAUCUCUUCUCGCUUUACUUUUGAAGAGUGAUCAAUACUAUAAACAUUUAUUUUGUUUCUAUCAUCUUUGAAUAAAUUUAAUGAAGAUUAUAUCGCAUUAAGUACAGAUCAUUUGUUACGAAAAGACUUCGCGUUACAUCUCGGAUUGUACAACAUAUCAUCUGAAUGCAUCAUGCUCAUGGGGAGCACUGCAUGUGACGUCAUCAGUAAUCCUGCGAGCGCUAUUCUUCCCGUGGUUUUUGCCUUUCUUACGUCAUGCAACGAAUGUAUAUUCUACAAUAAUGUAUCGAUGUCAUCAGCCGAAGAGCUAGAUCGUAGGAAAAGGUCGCAGAAUGAACUUGAGUAAAAAUGUGACAUACGCUUAAAUGAACUGAAAAUAAUAUUACUGGGCUGCUUAUCGAACCGAUUCCUGUAGCCUUGUAUUUUGACGUAAUCAGUUCAAUAACAAUAUAUAAAUGCAGCAGUGCGUACUUAUUGUCACUUUACGCCUCUUAUGAUCAACUGCUUAUUGAACUAGCAGUGGUCAUUCUACUUACGAUUUUUCUUGAUUUGGAAUAUCAAUAAGCUUGGAAAUGUUUUCGUUAUUAUGUGUGAGCAUUUUGUUGCUCGCAUGUGACACAGUAAAUACGGCUGCUCCUCGGUGCAGAGAUGAAAACAAUCGAGUAGUUGAUUGGUAUGUACUUUAUAAAUUACCGAAGGUAUCGCAUAGUAGCAAUCCUACAAUUAAAAGUGGAUUAGCGUAUCUGUAUAUGACGAACAAUACUGUUGACAAAGGUUGGCAAUUAUCAGCGAAAAAUAUUAGCGCAAAGAAUUCUAUGCCGGGAAAUACAUUGACACCUUUAUAUAAUGACUCAGAAGCAGAAAAACUUUUCUGGCUUUUAUAUAACGAUGAUCCGCCUAAUAGACCCAGCAGCGGAAAAUACGGUCAUGCAAAGGGUGUUUUGAUGGCGAACCAACGGCAAGGUUUCUGGCUAAUACACAGUGUCCCAAAUUAUCCACCCGUGCCUAACACUGGCAAUGAUACAAGACCGGAACGAUUUGUGGACGAAGAUCCAGGAAAUUCAUCUGGGUACGGCUAUCCACCGUCUGGAGAGCAUUAUGGACAGAGUUUCCUGUGCAUCUCGAUGGACAACGAUCAGUUCGACUUGGUCGGGCAACAAAUGAUGUACAAUCAGAUAAUAAUAUACCGAAGGAACAUCCUUAACACGUUCGCCGCGAAGUUCCCGGUGCUUACAAAGGCGGCCAAACAGAAGCGUAUCAGACAUGCGCCCUUCACUAGUAAAGUAACGUUGAAAUCAUCAGGCUCCACCACAUUCCUGUCAUUUGCCAAAAGCGAUAAGUGGCAGAAAGACUUGUACGAUCAAUUUGUUGCAUCGACGUUGCAAGCUGAUUUAUUUGCGGAAACAUGGUUGAAUGGGCGAGGAAGGUUGCCAUCAGAUUGCGCGCGCGUAAAAGUCUACAAUGUGCAAUCCAUAUAUUUGAAAGGGGUUGAUGUUGAUUUCAAGAGCAGUCGCGAUCAUUCCAAGUGGGCAGUGUCUGUCGAAGGAAAACAGAAUAAAACUUGGACCUGUAUUGGUGAUAUUAAUCGAGCGGAUACACAGUACAUACGAGGUGGCGGAACUGUUUGUUUCAACAAUCGGAAAGUCUGGGAAAACUAUCGACAUGCUGUGAACGAUGCGGAACCAUGUCCCAGGCGUUUCGGUGCAGUGCAAGUUUAGUGCUUUUAUCAACAAUUUAGUUGAUAGAGUUUGUUAGUUAAGAGAUCUAAUUGCAAUAAUACAUAACAAUAAUAAUUACUCUCGCUGCGCAUAGUAGCGCACACAUACAUGUGUAUUCAACAUGUACACGUAAUUUCGUUAUUCAAAUAAUGUGUAAAGUCAGGAAAAUAUUAUUUGACAUUUAAUAAUGAACAUAUUCUACAAAAUAAUAUUUUCUCGUAGAGAAGUAGUUGCAUAUUAUGUAUACAAUAUAUUUUAAUUUUAUGUAUACAAUAUAUUGGCAAUGCUGAUGUGAAGAUACGCAUGUUUUAAUGCAACAUAGAACCUUGGUAGAAUAUAUUACUCGUAAA